CCGCUCUGCCGUUGAACUGCACGAACGAGCGGAGCUUCAGUACCAGACCGAGAGCAGCACGGAUCAGUGCCAGAGAGAGACGGAGGAACGAUUCUGUCGCUACAUGCCGCCGCUACCCUACGGAACAUUAUAACGCAGCGGAAAACGGCCAGCUCUAUCGGUUACUUCACAAAGGACGGAAUUUAAACGAUGUACCGUUCGGGAGGCGUGAUGCUGGGGCUUCUCGCCGCUCUGCAGGUGGCGGUCCAGGGCACGGGGGCGAUGCCGUGCCAGCCGGGUUUCACCGAGAAUGAGUACAACGUCAUGACGGCCGACGUCAUCACCGAGGGACAAGUUCUGCUUAAAGUGGAUUUCGUGGACUGUGGCAGAGGUUCUGGCUUGCGUUUCGAGAGCGGAGACCCUGCUGAUUUCCGGAUAGAGGCCGAUGGGACGGUUCUCGCAGCGCGAACCCUGCAGCUCUCUGACAGGAAGGGGCGGAGCUUAGAGAUUAAGGCCAAGGACGUGAAGUCUCAAGAGCAAUGGCUGGUGCACGUCAACUUCACCCAACCCAAGCAGGUGCCAGAGAUACUGUUUCCGCGGCACAGUGUGGUUGUCAAGGGCGACGGCAGUGUGAAUCGCGUGAAAAGAGACUGGGUCAUUCCUCCUGUCAACGUGCUUGAGAACUCCAGAAAACAAUUCCCUGAAGAGCUUGUGAAAAUCCAGUCAGAUAAGGACAAGAGUAACACACUGCGCUAUAGCGUGACCGGACCCGGAGCCGACCAAAACCCCACCGGCCUGUUUAUCAUCGACCCGAUUACAGGAAUCCUGUCCGUCACCAAACCACUGGACAGAGAACACAUCCCAAAUUUCCAUCUACGUGCUCACGCUGUGGACAUCAAUGGGAACCAGAUGGAGAACCCCAUCGACAUCAUUAUCAAUGUCAUCGAUAUGAAUGACAACCGGCCCGAGUUCACACACCAGAUCUGGAACGGAACCGUGGAUGAGGGUGCCAAACCAGGUACUUUUGUAAUGACAGUGACCUCCCAGGAUAAGGAUGACCCAAAUACAGCCAAUGGGAUGCUUAGAUACAAGAUCCUCUCCCAGACCCCAGAGAGCCCCUCCUCUAACAUGUUCACUAUCAACAACAAGACUGGCAAAAUCAUCACUGUGGCUGCAGGUCUAGAUCGUGAGAAGGUGCCUCAGUACACCCUGAUCAUUCAGGCUACUGACAUGGAGGGAAACCCCACGUAUGGUCUGUCCAACACCGCCACUGCUGUCAUACGCCUGCUGGAUGUCAAUGACAACGCUCCAGAGUUCACCCGAGAGACUUUCCAUGGUGAGGUCCCGGAGAACCGUGUGAAUGUGAUAGUGACGAAUCUCACCGUGACUGACAAAGACGAACCAGGGACUCCCGCCUGGAACGCAGUGUACCGGAUCAUAUCAGGGGAUCCGACCGGACGCUUUUCCAUCCCUACUGAUCCCGUCACCAACGAAGGCCUCGUCACCGUCGUCAAGCCGAUUGAUUUUGAGAUGAAUCGAUCAUUCAUGCUGACUGUUGUCGCUGAAAAUGAGGUGCCGCUGGCGAGCGGGAUCCAUCGCACACGCCAGUCUACAUCCACCGUGUCCAUACGUGUCAUCGACGUGAACGAAAGCCCAAAUUUUGACCCCAACCCCAAACAAGUCAAACUGGAGGAGGGCCUUCCACAGUGGUCGAUGCUAGCCACUUUCACAGCUCAUGAUCCAGACAGAUACAUGCAACAGACUAUUAGUUACUCCAAAUUGUUUGACCCCGCCAACUGGCUAGAGAUCGACCCUAACAACGGACGAAUUUCCACCAUUGCUGUCCUGGACCGAGAGUCUCCAUAUGUCAAAAACAACCUCUACAACGCCACAUUCAUGGCCCAUGAUAACGGUAUCCCCCCUGCAAGUGGGACGGGCACUCUGCAGAUCUACCUGCUGGACAUAAACGAUAACGCACCUCGAGUCUUCCCUCAAGAAGCAGAAGUGUGCGAGCGUCCCGAACCCAACGCCAUCAAUAUCACAGCCGUAGACGGAGACCUCAAUCCCAACGCUGGACCCUACGCUUUCGAACUGCCCAACCGACCCUCUGACAUCAGAAGGAACUGGACUCUGACUCGAAUUAGCGGCGAUCAUGCUCAGUUGAGUCUGAAGAUUAGUUAUCUGGAAAGCGGGAUAUACGAGCUCCCCAUCAGCAUCACCGAUUCGGGUAACCUGCCCAUGUCCAACACCACCUACCUGCGCAUCAAAGUGUGCCAGUGCGAUCAUCACGGCGACUGCGUGGAUAUGGAGCGCAUCAUGGCAGCCGGGCUGGGCACCGGAGCCAUUAUCGCCAUACUUAUCUGCAUCAUCAUUCUGCUGGUGCUGGUGUUGAUGUUUGUGAUGUGGAUGAAGAGACGGGAUAAAGAGAGACAGGCCAAGCAGCUGCUGAUCGAUCCAGAGGACGACGUGCGAGACAACAUACUCAAAUACGACGAGGAGGGCGGCGGAGAGGAAGACCAGGACUAUGAUCUGAGCCAGCUGCAGCAGCCCGAUACUCUGGAGCCAGACAUGAUCAAGCCCGUCGGGAUCCGCCGGCUGGACGAGCGACCGAUGCACUCCGAGCCCAACUACCCCAUCCGCUCGGCCGCGCCCCAUCCCGGAGACAUAGGAGAGUUCAUCCACGAGGGUCUCAAGGCGGCCGACACCGAUCCCACGGCCCCUCCGUACGACUCCCUGCUGGUGUUCGACUACGAGGGCAGCGGCUCCACGGCCGGAUCGCUCAGCUCCCUUCACUCCUCCAGCAGCGGAGGCGACCAGGACUAUGACUACCUCAACGACUGGGGCCCUCGCUUCCGCAAACUCGCCGACAUGUACGGAGGCAACGACGACUAGCUUACGCCAUCACCGCAGGACCACGGAAAGAAAAGGAAGAACCGGAGGAGGAGGAAAAUUAAAAGAAAAAACAUCAAAAAAACAGUGUGGCACUUUUUUUUUAAUCGCGGGACGUGGACAGUGUGCAGAAUCAAAACAAUGAAGAAACCAAUAUACCCUAGAGAGACAGAGAAUGAAGACUGAGAAACGAAGAGACAAGAAAGUGGAAGGAAGAUCACCAUGGAAACAAAACCAGGUCUCUCCGAGGCCCUCUGUUGUAGAUGGAGGGGGUCUAAUGAAGGAAAUCUGCCUAGUUUUGGUUCAGUCCAGGAUUUUUUCGCCCUAAGUUUGAAGGAUCAUCGGUACGAAACGUAUGAAGGAACGCUUACAGAACGUUAAACGAACGCUAAGUUACACUUGAAUCUCACAGUACAGAAGCACUGGGAUAUUACGUGCCUUUUUGUACAUUUUUUUUGUUUCAUUUUUACAUUUUCCUUUCUUUUUCGAUCUGUGUUCAUUUGAUCUGACGAUGUUGUUUUUCUGUUCAACGGCUUUGGUGGCUCAGAGUUUUGGAGUGUUUUUUUGUCGUGAGCCUGUUUAUAACGUUGAUGCUUCUACACGCUUCUGUUCGCGUUUCUCACCAUCACGCUGUUCGUUCACGUCACGUAUCAAAACGAAGACUUUGGAAGAGUGAGAGCGUCUAGACAGAGAGAACAGCUUUGUACAGUAUGCUAGAAAAUAGAUUUCAGUUUCUCGUUUUUGUUGCGUUUUCCUCUUUUUUUAUAUAUAUAUCUAUUCACCGUUUUUCCACCAAAACGUUAACUUAUGCAGCCGGUUGCAAAAUGGGAGACGAGCAUUAUUAUUUGGUAGCAGAACUGUUUUUCUUUUUGUUUUGUUCAUUUAUUUCUCUCUCUCUCUUUUUCUCUCUUUUUUUGGAAGUGAUUUAGUAUUGCAAAUGAAAACGUUUUUGUUUUUUCAAAUGUCAUCUGCCUUAGUCAUCCUGGUAUUCUUUCAUGCCUGGUAUUCUUUCAUUUUUUACUCCACUGUAAAUUAAAUGGUGUGUACAUAGUUUUUUGUUUUGUUUCUCCUCUUUUGAUGUAGUCUACGAAGAAGAAUGGGGCGUGAAGAACUUGUAUAUGUAUAAUUUGGACUACAGACAAAAGGAUUUUUGCAUGUUUUUAUCUUUUCCGUAUAAAACAAGUCUUUCUGAAAUUUAUUUACACACAAAUAAAGAAAUGCCCACCUUGAAGGAGAUUAAAGCGAACAAGUUUGGUCCAAAUACCCGUUGCUUUUCAUUCCUCCCCUUUGGUAACGUAACAUUCCUUUUUGCUUUCGCCCUUUCGGCCCAGUUAAAGACCUUCCAUUUGCCCGUUCUCUGAUUUCAUCACUUGACGUUCUUCGUCAAGGAUUCCACGCUGACCUUUCGCUUCCUUUGUUCUUCUCUGCUACUACGUUCUGCAAUUCCAUUGUCUUCUCCCCCGGGCCACUCUCAUGGAUCAAAGAGGUCGACCGACGUUCGAGGCCAUACUCCUAAAUGCACGAUCCUUCGGGAUCUUCAUGUUUGAACUAAACUGUAAAGGUGGACCGAAGCCCUCAUCAUAACCGUCUCUGCCUGUUAGAGAACCGUGUUGGUGUGUGUGCGCGUGUGUGUAUCGCCGGAUGCCGACAGAGAGGGCCAAUUAAAAGAGCAGGAUGGAAGUACGAGGCCAGUCCACUCAUGAGGCCCACAGCCAUAAGAUGAUUAACAGCUUUUUAAUGAACGGUGGCUGUCCAGAGUUCUGUGGGCUCUGUUUGCAAUUACUUGUUGAUAUUAUGACCCAUUGCAGCCCAAAUGACCAAUAAAAGUCUAAUUUUGGAAA